AUGAAGUCGUUUGUCUUGCCUCCCCUCCACUCAUCCGUGAAGGGCGACAUGUGGUGCUCGCGGGUGCCAUUGCCGCCGCCAUCGGACCUUGUGUCGACGGAGUCGGGGCCUUUGCUUCCAUCUAUUGACAAGUCUCGACGGCGUCAGGAGUUAAGACGGAUGGAAACGAAGGUGGCGGCUCUCGAGUUAGCAGUGGAAAAGGAACGGUUGGAGCGACUGGAGUCCAAGUUACGUAGCGUCAUAUGCGGACGGGAGCACGAGAAACGCCACCAGCUUCUUUGGCACUACCAGAAGGAGAAGGCAAAGGCGGAGCGGGAGACAGCCGCGAUUGAGGCGAGGUCACUGGCAUUACAACGGUCAAAAUACAUGCGGAUUGUGCGCGAAUACCAAGAGCGUGGCCAUCUCCUGCAUCUUGAGACAACCACACGGGCAGGCAUGGUAAGUGAGGAAGAAGAUGCACGACGUCAUGUAGCAUCGCUGCGUGAACUGGUGCUGCUUGAGGAACGACGCCGACAGGUGGAACGAGAGGCGGCUACCGCAGAGUUUAUCGCUAAGGAUUUAUGGGGGAUACGUGAUUGGGAGUCGCGCAUUGCGGCGAUGUCGUUUUAUCCCACUGAAGCCUUUUCGCCCGCGGCGUGUCUUUUUUCCCGCCGUAACGUCGGCACGGGCGGCUACCGCGGAAGAGCAGAUCUUCUUAUGGACUAUGACGUCUGCGAGGAAGAGUGGAAAGUCCGGCUGGCGCUUAUCUCGAAGGAACGCGUAGACCGCCAUCUGCUGGAGUGGCGACACGGCGUAUUGCGCUUGCAGUUUGUUGAGGAAACUCAGGCAAGAAAGGCAAUAGAAGAACUGUGUGUCUACGGUAGCUGUCAGGCUCGGCUGAGUGCGAUCCUACGGGUUCAGCGGUGGUGGCGCAUGCUUCAACGAACCGGGUGGAAUGAACGGAAAAGGCGGGAGCUUAAGAAAUAUGUGGCCCAAAGACGAAGGCAAAUGAAGUCACGUGAUUACCGUGCCAUCCUUGGUCGGAUGAGGCGACAGAUGGAGGCUGCCGCCUCCCCCAUUUCAUUGGAGGAAGUGCACAAGUCUAUGGCGGCCAUUGAACGGGCGGUAGAAAUGUCGUAUCAAUACAUAUUUGAUUAUUUUGUUUACACAUUGAUGAAUCGUGCGUCAAACCUGCAGGAAACUGAGGCACAAAAUCUCCGUGAAUACCCACUGGAAAAGGACGAUGGCACAGCGAUCAUCCCGCCUGUUUUAAAGCUUCUACAUGUGCCGUACCGUCUGUAUGUGCGCCAACAACCACUGCAGCCAUAUCCACUAUGGCGCGCAGUGCGGUGGAUAGAGGGGUCCUACUCGUUCAUCCAACAGGUGCGGCUUUUUGAAGAGGCCGAGGCGCAAUCGAGGGACUCCAUUUGCGCACAGGAGGAGAAGGAACUGGAGACACUGCAGAUAUAUCACGCAGUGAUGAAGAAUGGGGCUUGGGCUUGGCGUUCCUUUUACACCACGAUCCUCUGUAUUGAGGAGGAGGAAACUGUGGGUCGUGACCUCUUGCAGACGUGGGAAAAAAAUGUUCGUGGCGCUAUUGUGGAUGAGGCGGAGGCGUCCAUGUCAAGGUGCAUCGUGUCGGAGGAAAAGUUGCGGGUGCUGGAUGAUGAGGCACGAGCGCGAAUUGAAAUUGUCGCGGAAGAGUUGGGGGUAUUUGCACGCCUGACGGAGGAAGAAUGGCGGUGGGACAACCUCCUGCGGCUGCGCAGAGAACUGUGGAGGCCGGGCUUUGGCAAGUCACGAUGGGGAAUGGAAUGGAGUCACGGCAUGGGUCGCAAGUUUGACUCGCUGGAAGCAGCGGUGCGAAUCAUUCAACGCUUCUUUUGCAGGGCGUCCAAUCGCCAACAUCGCUCAGAGAAGGCGCGACAGGCCAUGAGUUUGUCGCAGGAGAUGCAACUUAAGAAGAUAUCUGCCGACAUGGUGAAGACGCUGGAGGCGCAGCAUUGUGAGGAAAAUAAAGAGGAAGAGUUGCGGGCCGCGUCCAGUGUGCACGUUGAGGAAUCUGAUGGCAUCGUAGAGUCUCAACUUGAAAUGGCGGUGGAUUCUUUCCGUGAUUGGUUUGAUUUAAGCGCCCAGAGGCCGAUGGAGGAAAAUUACAAGGAGAUCGUUUCACGGUUUCUCCAGGAAAACAGAAGACUAUACAUGUACAUGCAUAUUUUGUUUGCAGUUGUGCGUAACGGGCGUCAGCGGAUUGAGGAAGAGGAAGCGAGGGAGUACAGUGCAAUGCAAUGCACUCAUGCAUUUGUUGCCAUUGCAAUUGACGCGCUCUACAGAGAGGAGACGGCGCGGCGCCAAAAUCUCGAGAGUGACGCCAGGGAGGAAAGUUCCCAGUGGCAUGAGCGUGCCGGAUUUCUUGCCGCCCUGGCAAAGUACACCGCCACCACGAAGAAGAGGAUUAAAAAGAACGCGCAUCCACCGUGCAUGAACCACAUGGAACGACUUUUGAGCCGCGAGGAUGUGGUUCGGACAAGGCGUCUUGUGGAGGAACGGUGUGACCGUAGCGACAUAUUGCUUUCCCUUCAUGCCAUUGUAUACAGUGCCACUUUGCGGGAGGAGCAGCAGGAGAGGUCGGUGCUGUACGAACACAUUGACGAAUGCUGGAGCGCCCACUCUCCUUUUACACUGCUGGCAAAAGCGGAGGAAGUAGCGAGGCGCAAGGUGGAGGUGGAGGCGUACAGUAGCUAUGGCCCAUUGCUUGAUUGUGAGUGUGCCAAUUACGGCCAGAUGACACUUUUCCGGCAGUUCCUUCGCGGGCAUUUGAGUUUUGAAAGUGAGGCACGUUACUUUGACAGACAACUGACGGAGUUGCUUUUGCAACGCGUAUCGCUUCUCCGCAGCAAAAUUGACGAACUGGUGGCUGCAGAGACGUGCGCCCGUGCGCGAGUUGAGUACUUUGAAGAAAUACACCGUGUUUUAUAUUUAUGCACAGCUGAUGUUGUGUGA